AUGGCGCGCAAGGAUGCUAUGCAGCUGCAGUUGGAGAUCAACUCGGACGAGGAGUGGAACGAUCUGAUCUCCAAGAGCGGUCUCAUAGUGGUGGACGCAUACGGAGAGUGGAGCGGCCCGUGCGCUGCCAUGGUGAACCUACUGCGGAAGAUCAAGAUGGAGAUUGGCGGAGACAUGCUCGUCCUCGCCAUAGGCGGUGGCCUGGUGAACCUCAUGUUCGGGGCGAACGCGCCGCAGCUGCGCAGACUCAUUGUGACCGAGCUGGAGAUUCAGGCGGCUGUGGAGGCGGGAACUGCAAGGAGGCACCCGAUACCGUGGGAUAAACUAACAGAGGAGGAACAAAGGAGAGAGGACAUCCGAGUGGAGGAAGAACAAAGGAAGCAGCAUGAGAAAGAGGAGGCGGAGCGCGCGGCGGCGGCGCGGCGGCUGGCGCGCAUCGGCUGGGCGCUGCACAAGUGCACGGUGCUGGUCUACCUGCCCUACACCUGGGACGCCAACGAGAACACGCUGCCAGCGCACGACGAGAUCGGCAAGAUACUCGAGGACGACAUGUUCGUGCGCGAGACCAUCAAGAUCGACCUGGACCCCGUCGUCGCCUGCAUGCUGUUCUACGGCGAAGUGCCGGUGAAGGUGAUUCCCCCGCCUGAGGAAGAGGAUGUGGAGGGUGAAGCUGGGGAAGGGGGCGAGGCGGCAGAAGCGCCGCCGCAGCCGCAGCCGCAGCCGAAGCAGAAGGCCCCGGCGCCACCCCCGCCGCCCAAGGGGAAGCCCAAGUCGAAGUCGGUGGCCGCGCCGCCGCCGCCGCCCGACGUGCCGGAGGAGGAGCUCGAGAGGUGCCCGCCCCCGGAGCUGGUCGAAGCGCUGGCCGAGGGCAAGACCAUCGUGCACUACGCCGAGGCGCUGUCGCCCGCCGUCGAGGAGGGGCAGCUGCCGCCGCCGCCCGAGGACAUCGUCAAGAAGGUGGCGCGCGCCGUCUACGGCUGCGAGGCGCCCGCCGAGGGGCACGCCCAGCAGAUAGACCCCGAGAGCCCAGCAGCUCGGUAUGCGCGCUCAGAGUUGGUGCCAGCAGUGUGGACGCCGACGACGGUGAACACCAAGAUGGAUGCACUGGAGCGGCUGUUCCCACUCAAGAUGGAGCGCUUCCACAAGCCGCCGGUGCCGCCGCACAUGGCCGUCGCCUUCGAGGCGACACGCUACCGUGAGCUGGCACCGGCGCUCAAGGACAACCAGGACGCCAUCAUGCAGCUGGCCUUCUUCUCAUCUUCCGACGCCCCGACGGCUAAGCGCGUCGCCACCAACUACCGCGAGUUCGUCCUCGCCUCCGGGAAGACUGGUAAUGAGAAACUGGUAAUCCAGUUAGACACGACUAACAAGGUACCACUGCUUAACAUGGCAGCUCUUGGACCAUCCUACUUCAGCCUGUCACCUGAAGAGGGCAUCCGGGAUUGUGAAUACUUCUUCCCACCAAAGGAAGAAACAUUUGAGGAAGAAGAAGAGGGUGCAGAGGAGGGCGCAGCCGCAGAAGAAGGCACGGCUGCAGAAGAGGGUGCAGCGGCUGCACCAGAGGAAGGUGGAGUGCCGGCCGCAGAGGUGCCUGCAGGAGUGGAGCAGGAGGCAGCCGCAGCCCCUGCCCCUGCCGCAGACGCGGCUCCGGCAGCAGAGCCGAGCUCCGAGGCAGGCAAUGGUCCAGGGGUGGCAGCUGCCACUCCACAGGAGGAGGACCAAAAGGCUGAAGGGGAGGCACCGCCAGCCUAG